GGAUCAUGGGACAUUCAUUUCUGCACAACGGGCCAUGUUUAGCUGGCUUAAGUCUUGCCAUUAUCCAUGUCCUGUUUGGGGGUUCGCCAGACACCACCACAAUCCAAAUUGAGGAUUGCCCGGACAUUGACAUCCGAAACACUAUUCAGUUGCUGGAGGGCAAAAAAGAUUUGACAAGGGAAGAGGAAACGGCUGUUCUUAAACUUGCCUUGUCCUGGGACCUGCCCCCAGUUAAUCAGACCAACAGGAAGUGGCUGCAUGAGCGUCUCCUAUUCCAUUCUGUCAUUGCACGAACAAGCCGGCAGGUGAAGCAGCUGAGAAAAGGCCUCAAGGAGACCCUGGUUUGGCCCCUCCUAAAAGAGAGAGAAGACCUCGUUCCACAGUUUCUGCCAAGGAAUUCAGAGGCAGCUCUCAAUUCCCAUUCUGUCAUACAAAGGAUCGUGUGGCCAGUCUUGGAGGAAGAGGAUGAUGAUGAAUGUUCCUUGGAUGAUAAAUGUAGAGUGGCAGGAUAUAUGCGGCUCUUCAUUGAAAAUGCAACCAGUCCACAACUUAAAGCACUCCUCCAGUUCUGGACCGGUAGGGAACUCCUUCCAAGCAAACUUACUGUCAGAGUGGUUAGCAGCAACUACCCAAAGUCUGCAACAUGUUUUGAGACAAUCAGUCUUCCUUCACACUAUCAUAACUACGAUGCUUUUGUGUCUGACAUUUUGGCCUGCCUGAACUCCAAUGACACAGGCUUUGGUCUUAUUUAGAUGGGAUGACCUCAGACCAUUUAGGGUUUUAUUCUUGGGUGUAGUUAAGUUAUAUAGAUUUUCUCUGCAUGUUUUGGCCCGCUGUUGUUCAAUCUAUGCUUGGGCCAGCGUAUUGCAACUGUUUUAAUGUACACAAAAACUGUACUUAGAACCAAGAGAGAAAAAAAAGUACUUCUGUUUAUUUUGAAAAAUUACUUAAAGGGAUGCAUGUAUGUACUUCCGGAACCA